UUAGUAGUGAUUACCAUCUGCGCUCGUGCGGACGCUGUGUCCGAGCAUUGCUGAGUCGAGAGUUGCUGAAGGCGAAGUGAAGCUUCUUCCUCAAACGCGCGAUACCGAGACGGGCUCAAUGAGGCACUGCUUCCGGUCGCCCGGGAUCUGGCUAUGUACCCGAAGGAGGACUUGCAGUGGGCGGACAAUCAUAUCAAACUUCCAAACGUGAUUUGCUUGGCAGUAGAUCGCUAUGGUCAUGCACUAUCAAUAAUUAGAGGCUUGCAUAAGUUCCCCGGUGAACGUUCUAGCUCGGGAGACGUUUUACCACUAUCUUAUAAGAUUUGCAACCGACCACAUCAUAUCGUGAUUCUGUCGUUAGAUCAACCUGACGUGCCAGUGCCAGGCCCCCCGAGUAAGUCGGAGAGAAUCGAUCAUCUCGAUAUCAGCCAUCCGCCAUACGCCAACGACUAUUCGUUGUCAACUGAAGAGAUCAUUACCGUGGUGGAACGACUCAUGCGGGGGUCUGCAGUGGACAUAGCAGUGGGUGGUCAGACUGCCUCGACGGAGACGGAGCACGAAAGCCAAGGGUGCAACCAGAUAGAAGAGGAAGAAGAGCAGAAUCCGGAAGAAAGAGGCCAGGGCCUUUCUAAACUCGAAGUCCUCAAACGUCUGUUCAAGGAUGGGGUUGGGUGUUGUUGGAUCCUUCACCACUACGUCCUACUGGUAUUCCCAUCGCUCUGAGCCCUUGUCGCCCCUCGCCUUUUCGGGUCUUGCCCCUCCCCCUUUUUUUUGUUUUGUUUCUGGUGGGAGGAUAAAUUUUCUGGAAAUUUGACUUCUGCAGUAAUGUUGGAAACAUUUGAUUCAUGAAGUAAAUUAACCAUAUCAAGCA